ACCCAUCGCAGUCCCUCACCGAGCACAUCAUCAGAACACCACCAUCCAAAACAACAAAACAACAAAAAAAUAAAAACCGUUCAACAACACAAACAACAAUGAACGAGAAGAUAAACUGCCAUUUUCAUUUGCAGACAAACACUCACACGGUGGAUAAGAAAGUGAGUGUAUCGGCUGAAGAGAACAUUUUUAAUGUUGUGAGGACGCUGUUUUUUGAUGACGGGAUGGAUGUUAAGGUGCUAUUGAGGGAGUAUGAGAUUGUGAUUGGGGAUGUGCGGGUGGGUAGGGAUGGAAAUGUGGAGGAGAUUGUGGGUGGGGAUGUACGGGUGUGUAGGGAUGGAAAUGUGGAGGAGAUUGUGGGUGGGGAUGUGCGGGUGUGUAGGGAUGGAAAUGUGGAGGAGAUUGUGGGUGGGGAUGUGCGCGAUGGGGAUGUGCACGAUCGUAUCGCCCAUGGAAAUGGAUGUGUUGAUAAAAAUGUUCAAACGAAAUGCAGCACGGAUGAUGAUACGGACAAGGAUUGGAUAAGUGUUGGUUGCACGGAUCAGGGCGUGGCAAAGAGCACAUGCAUGCACGGGGAUGAGCUACAAAGGACUGGAAGAGUAUCACGUGGUGCGAAUGAAAGCGAGGAAGAAAAUGGCAAGAAGAACGAAACUAACGAUGCAUCUGAGGUGUAUGCCUGUGCUUUUGAUCAAAAAGCGAACAAAUUUUGUGCUACUACACAUGAAAUGCGUGCUGGUGCAUGUCCUGCUGCUGAUAUCGCACGCGAUAGCACCCGCAGUGCCGGUAGCACUGCCGUUUCCGAUACGUCCGUAAAAAAUUUUUUAAUUUCUGUGCCCCACCAAAACGACGUUUUGAAAGUAAAAAUACGCCAAAAAGGUGCGCAAGCACCGCCAACUAAGAAAGGGUUUGCCAACCUUGGCAAUACAUGCUACAUGAACAGCGCCCUGCAGUGCAUGGUAGAUCUGCCACUGCUCACCACGUUCAUACGCACAAACACGUUCACGGGACGGCUUACCAAUGCGUACAAGGAUCUGCUGACCGAGUAUGCGGGUGAUAGCAGGGUGAUAGUGCCUGCCGAGUUUAGGAAGUGCGUCGUGGAGUGCACGAAACGGUUCUACGGGUGCAAGGAGCAGGACGCAUCGGAGUUUUUGAUCUGUGUGAUCGAGCGGAUGUGCGAGGAAAUGAAGGGCGAUGAGGGUGCAGAGCGUGUGAACAGCACGGUUGAGUGCGGUGUUGAAAGCAUGCGCAUGCAUGCGAAUGAGUUUAACCUGUUCAGGAAAAAGAAUGACAACAUUUUCACAGCACUGUUCUUCUCGUGGCUCUCCUCCUCACUUACGUGUCAGACGUGCAGAAAUAUGAAGGAGAAGGGCGAAGCCUUUCUCUCUCUUGAGCUGCCCAUUCCCAACGAGAUGAGCUGCCACCCGUCCGUUAUCCUCACGUUCAAGGAGAGGAGAGAGCUGAUGGGCGGUAAGUUAUGUGUGAGGAGAAGGACGGGCAGAGAGGAAGCGCAUGAUGAUGAGCCUGUUCGUGGCGGUACACACCGUAGAGAUGGCACGUCGUACAAGAACGUGCCGAACAACGGCAGAACAUUCGUAAAGUCGAUCAAAAUAUUCGUGGAAAGCUCGCUGACCGUGAAGGACCUGCUCACCAGAACCGCCCAGAAGUACAAGACGGCCAAUCUGGUCGCUGUAGCCAAUGCAAAGGCGUUCGCGGUGCUGAGAGACAGCGAUCUGGUGUCGCACCACAAGGAAAUCUUCGUGUUUGAGUACGAUCCGGCCAAGGAGUACGUGUGGAUAAGGCUGAGCGUGUGUUCGUUCGUGUUCUACACGUGUGAGAUUGAUGUUCCGUUCCUUGUUGAGGUGCGAAAAUGUGACAACGGAAUGAUUGAGGGGUUGUUUGGCGAGAUCAUGUGCUAUGUGGAUGAGGAGAACUGCUAUGGUGGUGACGGUACGUGUAGGAACGGUGCAUGCAGGGAAUGUACGAGUGAGAGGGGCGUUAGUGGUGGGGAGCACAAAGAUGAGGAGCGGGACGAGAACAACAACGUGAUCGGUGGCAGCGCAUGUGAUUUGAACAGUGCCGGUCACAAUGGCGCUGAUCCAAGCGGUGCCGGUUCAGCUGCCAACCCGGCUGCAAACCACGGAUCUGCUGCUCGGCAGAUCGGCGACAGGUUCAAAAAGAUCUACGAGUACUUCACGAUUAACUUCUCGCCGAUGAACAAACUGAAAAUAGAAAGUACGAUGUUUCCCCUGGCAAGCGCCCACAUAAAAGAGAAGAGGCUGAUCAAGCUCAUAGGCAAGAACUACAACCUCAGACACAAGAUAUACAACGAGAAGAGGGGCACGAUAAAACUGGAGGACUGCAUCGACCUGUUCCUGUCCAAGGAGUACCUGGGCCUGGAUAACAGGCUGGUAUGCACGCACUGCGACCGCAUCACGGUGCACAGCAAGAAGUACGAGAUCGUGUUCCUGCCCAAGUACCUGAUCAUACAGCUCAAGCGCUUCAACUUCAACGGCGAUUACCAGCGCAAGAUCAAAACAUUCGUUGACUUUCAAUCGAUUUUGAUCAUCAACGCGGUCAGGUACAGGCUGAGGAGCACGUGCAACCAUGUCGAGAUCGGCAUUGGCAGCGGGCAUUACAUGGCGUAUUUCUAUGGGGAUAGGAUGAUGUGUGCGAAUGACAGCGUGGUGAGCGAUGUUAAGGAUGUUAGCAAGGGCAAUGCUUACGUGCUGUUCUACGAGCGGGUGGAGUGAGGCGUGUUGGCACCUGCACUGGCGGGAAUGGUGCGGGUGGAGCGAGGGCCAGAACACGGUAAUUGAACGCGUUGGGAUGGCCGUACCGGUGUAGAACGGAUAGCACUCCCAGCGUGUAAAACAUUUUAGCGAUCACAACGGCCAAUCGAUGCCGGCACAGCUCACGUUCUCUCUCCAAGACUUUCAUCCCCGUGCUAAAACUUAGAACACUCUCCUAAAAUAAAUUCUUUAUUAAGAUCC